AUGGCAGAACAAGAAGCAGAGAACAUUAUAAUCCCAGUUCGUCGUUGGAUACGUGGACAUUAUACAAAAUUAACAAGUAGUAAUGUAGCAAGAUGUAAUCAUUGUAACGUAGAAAUUUUCAUAAAUAAGAAUAAAUCCUUAGUUAUUUUACAUAAACACUUAGUGAGAAGACAUUCAGACAAAUUAAAUGAAGAACAGAAGAAAGAAGACAAAUUCCAUUGGACUUGGGAUUAUUUUAUAGCAGAAAGCGAUAUAGAGGCAACAUGCACAGAAUGUAACUUAACAAUUAAUUACCAAUCAGUAACUUGUCUCAAAAGUCAUUUAAAACGUAUACACAAGAUAUUAGGUCCAAAUUCAGAUCAUAUAGACAACGAGAGGAAUUCAGACAAUGACUUGAUUGCAAAUGAGGAUCUAACUCCAAAGACAGACAAUAUUAUCCCAGUUCGUCUUUAUAUACGUAAACAUUACACAAAAUUAAUAAGGAAUAAGAUGGCAAAAUGCAACUAUUGUAAUGCAAAAUUCACUAUACGAAAUAAAUCUUCAGUUUAUUUAUAUAAACACUUGGUGAAGGCACAUCCAGACAAAUUAAAUGAAGAACAGAAGAAAGAAGACAAAUUCGAUUGGACUUGGGAUUAUUUUAUCGCAGAAAGCGAUAUAGAGGCAACAUGCAAAGAAUGUAACUUAAUAAUUAAGUACCAAUCAGUAUCUUGUCUCAAAAAGCAUUUAAAACGUAAGCACAAGAUAUUAGGUCCAAAUUCAGAUCGUGUAGAUAACGAGAGCAAUUCAGAUAAUGAUACGAGUACAAAUGAGGAUAUAACUCCAAAGACAGACAAUUUUAUCUCAGAUCAUCUUUGAAUACGUAGACGUUACACAAAAUUAACAAGUAGAAAUGAGACAAGAUGCAAUUAUUGCAAUGCAAAAUUCAAUAUACAUAAUAGAUUGUUAGCUAUUUUACAUAAACACUUGGUGAAGGCACAUCCAGACAAAUUAAAUGAAGAACAGAAGAAAGAAGACAAAUUCCAUUGGACUUGGGAUUAUUUUAUCGCAGAAAGCGAUAUAAAGGCAACAUGCAAAGAAUGUAACUUAACAAUUAAGUACCAAUCAGCAUCUUGUCUCAAAAAGCAUUUAAAACGUAUGCACAAUGAUACUGCGCGCAAUUAUAAGAAUAGGGAAUGCAGAACAAGAAUUUUUAUCUGUCCAAAUUCAGAUCGUGUAGAUAACAAGAGCAAUUCAGAUAAUGAUACGAGUACAAAUGAGGAUAUAACUCCAAAGACAGACAAUUUUAUCUCAGAUCAUCUUUGA